AUGAAGACGCUACGCCUCCUGUCUGUUGUCAGCCUGCUUUCAGCUGCUUUUGCUAAGCCCAGUCCGAAUAACGAUCUUGUAAAGAAAGAUAACUGCACCGAACCGUCAGCAGCAAGCUCUCCAGGUAUUCAGUCAAGCACUUCCCUCACGCUACCUCCCUAUGGCGGAUAUGGCCCAUUCAGCUUCUCCAGCCAGCCCAGAUUCGGGUCGGUCACCAGCUCAGUCUCAACCGUUUCUUCAAAUACUUCAUCCAUUAGCGGAUCCGAGACAGGAUCGACGAGCAGUACAUCAGGCUCCACAAGUUCGACUGAAAGCUUGACAACUUGGAGCCUCUCCACGUUGACCACUACGGAAACUCUGACUAUCACGCUCACACUGCCUGUCAAUACUUCCUCAACAAUAAGUGGGUCGGUUACUCCAACAAUCAGCACCAGCGGCACCUCUUCGUCUGCGCCCUUGAGCUCUUCGUUCGCAACAACGCACAACUCGACAACAACUUCAAGGAGUUCUCAUCUGACCGGCCCUUCUCCCUUUCCGCCGUACAGUCCCCCAUCAUACGGGUCGUUUCAGCCGCCGAUCAGCACCGGCGCCUCGUCUUCGUCGAGCCUUUCGACUUCGUCCAAUGUAGGUUCAGUCACGCGAGGCAACAUUAGCAGCUCUUAUGGGUCAUCCUCUUCUCCCAUCUCAAGCACGGGAAGCAGCGAAUUUCGCAACGCGAGCGCCACAACAACCUCAAGCUCGACAUCGUUCAGUUACUCGCCUGUAGCUUCUUCGGCCACGGGCAGCAGUGAGUUUCAGAACGGCACCGCCACGACAGCAUCAAGCUUGAUGCCAAUCAGCUCCUCGCCCCUCACAUCUUCAGGCACAGGAAGCAGCGAGUACCGCAAUGGAAGCGCUACGACGACCUCAAGCUCGGAAUCAUUCAGCUCUACAGUCUUGAUAACUUCGAUUACCGGCGUGAGCAGCAGUACCGGCUAUUCCAAUGCAAGCAGUAUCACGACGGGUCCGGGUACGGGAAGUGGCUCUUCAGGAACUGGCAUGUCACCCUCAAGCACGGACAGUAGUGAGUCGCAUCUGAGCUUGAUCAGUAUCACCCCCCUGUCCACUCCUCCUACCUAUCCAUAUGGAGGGUACUGGCCUCCCCAUUCCCCAGUGACCUCCUCAGGCACUCGGUCUCGAUGGAGUGGUACCAGCGGUGGGCCCACCACCUACUCCAACACAUCCUCCCCUAUGCCCACGAUAUCGCAAUCUUCUACCGGCACUGCGCCAACGCUUUCUGUCUUGUCUUCAGGUGGCACAUCGACAAGUCCACCUUUCAGCACCGGCACGUUCACACCUUCCGGAACGUCAAGCACCACUGUCGGCCCGGUCACCCACUCUAACACCUCCUCGGUGCCGCCGACGUCGGGCUUCUCCACUGGAACUGGGAAUGUUUCGGCUUCAUCCACGACUUACCAACCUUACACUCUUCCGCCGUAUGGCCACACUACGACUACUCUCAGUACAGGCGUGACUAACCCAAGUUCGUCUUCAAGAUCGAGCAGCACCCUCGUAAGCCCAGUUACCUACUCCAACACGUCCGCAUCAUCUUCAUCGACAACAGUACUAACAACGGGCACGGGUACGGGCAUCUCAUCAUCCAGAACCGUGCCGCCGCCCUAUAGCCUGCCGCAUUAUGGUUGGUCAACUGGUCCCUUCAGUACCGGAGUUGCACCGUCAAUCAGUUCCUCAAGGUCGGUCAGCACUGGCGUAAGCUCGUCAGCCCCCUCGCCGUCAAGCAGCAGCUAUACUGUUGGGCCGGUCACGAACUCAACAACAUCCAUCAUGCCGACGACUAGCACAAGCCAUUCGCUCAGCACCGGCACCAGUCCUACUUCCACUUCACCCUUUACUUCGUCAGGCACACGGCCCGUGUCAUCACCGACAUAUAGCUUAUCACGAACCGGAGCCAGUAGUCUGUCGACCGGCGUCUCUUCGAGCUCUAGCACCAUCUCGAACUCCACCACUUCAUUCACGCCGUCGUCUGGAUUCAGCACCGUUACGACCUUGACAACUACAACGAUCGUACCGAGUACGACAACCACACAGACUGCCACAAACACGCCUUAUGGCCCGUCACCCGGACGUUAUCCUCCGCCACCCGGUACUUACUCACCGGACGGCAACCCCGAACCUCGUCCUUUCUGGUGGCACCCGUUCUUCAUUGGAGGACAAGGGCGUGGUGCAGGUGGGUUCUAA